AUGUCGAAGGACGGGCCGACUCCUAGUACGAGCACCACCUCACUCUUCGGCUGCCUUUUCGAUGUCUCUGGCUCUACCGGUGGGGUUCUCGAGAUCGGCCGCCCGCAUGAAGAGGCAGGUCGACCACCUCGGCGCAGUGCUCAGAUCGUCACCAGCGAGCUUCUCGAUAGCCACGGGGAUGACCCGAAUGGGCACGGCCUUCAUAUCGAAUUGACAAACCGGAACAAUAUCGGACACAUCACGAACUACAUCCAGACCGAAAAUUGUCCGACGACGAGGCGCGUAUUCCCACACCGGCAACUCUACGACCAGGUAGCCGAAGCGUAGAAUGCGGGUUAGCGUACGCUCAUUAGUAUGGCUGCGAGGGUCCCCCGGGGCACGCAUCUGAUACCUGUCCCCGCGUUGAUUACCUGGGGAACCGCCUUCGUCCAGCGAAUGCGCGCUGUCCACGGGUGCGCCGUAGCAUGUAGCGCAGAGAUGCUCGAGGAGCUUUUCUCGCGCCUGUUAUCAGCCGGUCUUGUCAAUUCUCUGGGACGCAUCGAGCGCGAUGCGUACACCCACGAUGAACAUAUGCGUAUACGCAAGAACCCGCGGGACCAGCUGCAGUCGCGACCUGUUACUCGCACACCAUCCCUAGGGUACUUCCCAUGGCACUUAGUCGAAUUGUCGGUCGUGAGUCAGGCUACCCAAC